UAAAUUUUUUUAUUCGAUUGAUCGUUGAAAAAAUCGAUAUAUAUAUAUGCAUAUAUGAAACCUAAGUAUUCUAGUACUAAGUCUACUGAACAUCAUAAAAAUAAUGACGAAUCUGAAGUAUUUGAGACAACUUUUAGUGAAGUGGAAAAGGAAAAAGAAGCAGAAAUUGAAGUUUAUAAAUGUCGGGAAAGAAUUCGUCGAUGUCGUUGGCCAGUAUGGUUAGAUUUUGCAGAAACUACCACUCUACACGGACCUAUUCAUAUUACAACAACUAAAGGAGGCUUGAGAGUGUACUAUUCCAUUGUAAUCAGUCUUAUGACAGCUGUUUUCUUCUCGCAUGCUCUUCAUUUAUACCGUCAGUAUAUUAGUUGUCCUGUGUUAACAGAAAUUAAACAUGGAAAUAUUGAUUUCGAUUAUCCUGACAUAACUUUAUGUCCAAAUAGUCCAUUUACCAGUAGUGAAAUAACGAAUAAUUCGCAUAUUUUUAAGAAUUUAGAAAAAAGUCGUGAAUUCUGGUGGCAAACAAAAGGUGAUGGUUAUGGAUCACCAAGAGUACAUAUUAAACGAAGUUUAUUAUCAUCAUUUUAUGCGCUAUCUGAUACACUGGGGAAAAAACCUUACCAACAAAUUUUAGAUUGUCAGGUUAAAAGUCAAGAAUGCUUAGAAAAUUUUCUUAUAACUGAACAUCCAAUCUAUUAUCGAUGUUUCACCUUACGUGUUCGACCAACUCCACCUGUUCCGGCUGGUCCUACAAACGGAAUACGUUUAAUUAUCCAUCGGGGUAUAGUGAAUGCAAGUCCAUUGUUAAUGGUAGUUGAAGAAGAACCGACUAUUAUUCAGUCUUCUGAAACAGAGAGCACAGCCUAUUUAAAAGACGGUUAUUUUAUUGCAUUUCAUGAAGUGGAUACAUUUCCAGUAUUUCCUGUACAGUCAUUACCAAAUGGCUUGUCAAUACGAUUUGGGGAUACAAUGCGCAUAGCCUUAGAACAAACGUAUCAUGAAGCUGUGAAUUUAGUUGGACGUGUUUGUGUCGAUGAUGAAUAUGCUCCAUCAAUUGAAUUAGUUAAAUUAGACAAACUAUCACAGAGUAAUAGUCAGUAUGGUGAAGGAAUAACACGCUUUAAAUACACUCGACAAGCGUGUGUAGCUGUUCUACGACAAAAAUUAACCUAUGAAACAUGUAAAUGCUUUAGUGAAUCAUAUGCUAUCCCGUAUUCAAUGCAUAAUAUCGGUCAAGUAUGGUGUCAUGAUAUUAUGGAUAGUACAACAAAAAUGAUACGUGUUUGGGAAACUUUAAAAUGUGCUGAUGGAAUAGCUAAUCUUUCAGAUCAUGAGGUACUUCAACGUAUUCAACCAUCUGUUCCAGGUGAUGGUAUAAUCAAUUGCCCAUUGCGUUGUAGACGUCGACUAAAUAAUAUACAUUCUACUAUACGUACAAAAACUGUACAAAAUAUUGAUCCGAAAACAUUAAUUCCCUAUUUAGAAAUGCUUCAAUUGAAUGGUAUCAAUGAUUCCUAUGUGAAAGCAGAUAGUCCAUUAUUGAAAGCCGAAGACUUAAUAUUUAUUGAUAUACAUCCUGUCAAUGAAAUGGUUAAUCAGAUCAUUGAAGGACCUGGAUAUUAUAUGGCACGAUUUAUCAGUGAUCUUGGCGGUAUAUCUGGUCUAUAUGUUGGAGUAACAUUUUAUACUAUUGCUGAAGUGAUUGACUUAGUCACCCAGUAUCUUUGCUUAUAUAUACCCUACUUUUGUAGUGUAGCCCACCUUCAAAUGUUAAAAGAGAAAAAUGUGGCUAGGAAGAUAAAACGACGUUUACAAUUAGCAAUGCAAGAUAAAGCUAUGCAGGAGAGUGGAAUAUAACCCGAAGAUUCUUCUUCCUUCCUUUCAACUGCAAGUCAUAAACUGUCCAAAAGUGGUGUCGAUGGUGUUCAGGGAUGAU